UGGCGUGAUAGCCCAGCAUCUGCCGCACUGCUCAAUGCAGAAAAAUAAUCUUCCCCAGUCAAAAUACUCGCAGAUUAGACGGAAUCAUUGGGUUGUACGUAGGAGCGUUCGCCGGCCGUGGCGUGCGGGCGUGAUUAUGCCAAAGCGACCACGCGGGCGAGGCGGGCACAGCAGCAGCCUUUCGAAGCAACGCGCAGCUUCAUCAUCUUCCUCCCUCCAGCGAGCCAGCGGUCCUUCCACUGUCUUCUCUUACUUUGCAGCCAAGGCUUAGCGGCGUGCAUGCAGCGCCUGCGCCUGCGCCUGCGUGCAUGCUAGCGUCUCCUUGGAGCAAAGCAAGGCAUCCCCACGUUAGACUAGAGCAAAAGCACGGCGAUCCCGCCCAAAGUCCACCAAGGAUCGGACGCAAGAAUUACCUAGCUAGCUAGCUCUCCGCGCAAUGGCCGGCUCGGCAGCCCAAGCUCCCACGCAAACCGGCCGAAGGACGCCGAUUCCCACCGCGCUCGUGCCAGCGGCCGUGCUGCUCGCCGUCGUCGUGGCCGUCCUGUCCCUGCUGCCCUCCGUGGCCCAGGCGGUGUGGGAGCUGCCCCACCUCUUCCUCCUCGGCCUCGUCAUCUCCUACGGCGUCUUCGCCCAGCAGAAGAACGGCGCCGCCUCCGCGGGCGACGGCGACGCCACCAAGGACGGCGCCCGGGCGUGGAACUCUCGGUACCAUCCUGACGACCCGCUCGUCGUGGUCGCGCCCGGCCACGCGGAGGGCGAUGACGGGGACGACGGCGCGGGCGGGAGGCCGUUCUCCUUGCCGGUGCGGAGGCUGAGGACGGUUGUGGAAGAGCCAACCGAAGCCGGUGGCGCCAGCGGAGAGAGCGUUGGCGAAGAGACGGACAGCUCUGAGUACACGGCAGGAUUCUGGGCCGGCGCGCCCGCCGCUCCUUCGCCGCCCUCCGUCCUUGACUCCUUUGACUCGCGGAAGUUCAAUGCGGCCACGCCGCCGCCAACCAUGUCGAAGGGGUUCCCCGGCUACGAUUCCGCGUCGCCUCGUGACCAGUCGUCGUGUAACGAGGAGGAAGAGGCGGAGGAAGUGGAGGAGGAGGAGGAGGAGGGCACAGAUUGGGACGAGGAUGCUGAUGGGUCGGACGAGAUGACCGCCGCGUCGUCAGAAAGGUCGUUCCCCGGCGACUUCGUUGCCUGCCGCAACCGUCGCUACGACGGCAGCGGGGAUGGCGAGUCUGUGGACGAAGAACUUAUAGAGCUGGCCACCAGGCCGGGACCGGACGAGGUGGACAGGAAGGCCGACGAGUUCAUCGCCAAAUUCAGGGAGCAGAUCAGGCUGCAGAGGUUGUAGGCUUGAAGCCGGCCAAGCGACGUAGGCAUGCAUCGCAUCCUGCGCACACGCGGGCCAAUUCUUUUGGCCGAUGAAUCGCCAUCCUUUCAGCCUUUUCCAAAAUCGCCAUUCUAUUUAUUUUUUUACAAUCUUAACUAAUUACAUCUUAACUAGCUAAAAUUAUAAAAAAUAAAUGAAAUGAUGAUUCUGAAAAAGGCUGAGAAAGAAUAAUUCUGGAAGAAUCGGCCAAAAGAACUGAGUGCCACUGCGAAUGGAGAGAGCAUGGCGAUUUGUGAACUUCGGUUUUUUUCCUUCACGUGUAAUAUCACGAGCCUUCCUGUAUCAUUUUCUUUUCUCGUUUGGAGCUUUAAAUUGUUAUCAUUAUUACAUCGUGGAAAGAUAAUGAAAACCACUGUGUUGACACACCAA